AUGGCCGACGCACACGAGAGCUGCGCAUCGGGCUCCGAGUCGGGCUGGGUCACCAUCACCGUGUCCCACCGCAAGCACAACUACACAUUUGAGCUGGCAGAAGACGCCACCGUGACCGACUUAUUCGACGACAUCGCGGCGACGCUCGACAUCCCCGUCGCCCACCAAAAGAUACUCGUGCCCAAGGGCCCCCUGCUCAAGUCGCCCUUGAAGCAGCCCGACAUGCCGCUCGCCGGCCUGCAAGGAAAGACGCUGACGCUCCUGGGCUGCGGCGCCGCCGAGGCCCAGGCCGUCCAGGACAUGUCGGCCAAGGUCGCGCAGAGAAACGCCGCGCGCGCGGCGCAAAAGGCCAAGAUGAAGCACCACGCGCAGCGGCGGAGCCGGCCCAGGUCCCCCGACGACGCCAGGUACACCUUUCUCCAGGUCCGGCCGCUGCAGGGCCUGCCGCACCCCGAGACGAGCCAGAAGCUGCUGCUGCGGCUCAAGGAGGACCCGGGCGUCAGGGCCGCCAUGCGGAAGCACAGGUUCACCGUGUCGCUGCUGACCGAGAUGGAGCCGCUGGCGCACACGCAGGCCACGCACGAGGGCACGUCGAGGACGCUCGGGCUCAACCGCAACCAGGGCGAGGUCAUUGAGCUGCGGCUGCGGACCGACGCCCACGACGGGUACCGCGACUACAAGACCAUCCGCAAGACGCUGUGCCACGAGCUCGCGCACAACGUGCACGGCCCGCACGACCGGCAGUUCUGGGACCUGUGCCGCCAGAUCGAGCGGGAGGUGGACGCCGCGGACUGGAAGUCGGGCGGCCACACCGUCGGCGAGACGUCGAGGUAUGCCGUUGCGGGGCUGGCGGGCGGGGAGGAGGACGAGCACGAGGACGACGGCGGGUGGACGGGCGGCGAGUUUGUGCUCGGGGGCGGUGGGAAUAUCGGUGCCGGCAUGAGUCGGCGUGAGAUCCUGGCGCAGGCUGCGCUGGAGCGGCAGAGGAAGGAGGAUGAGGCGGAGCGCAAGGCCUGCGACGCGGCCGAGAAGGGGUGGCGGCCGUGUCAGAGGUCGCAGCAGCCGAGCGAUAAGAGGGAGUAG